AAAAAAAAGAGGCACACAAAGAAGAGCUCUCUCUCUCUCUCAAUCAUCGUCUUGCUCUCUCUCUUCUGAUCAGGCGUGGUCUCUGGCUUUUGAUUACUUACUCAACUCUUUCUCUAAAGCUUAACGAACACCCAUCAAAGCGCAUGUCUGCUUUGUUUUCUUUCUCUUGUUUUGUUCUCCAACAGUGAAAGAGAGAGAGAGAGUGAAAAGAGUAGUGUUAGAACAAAUCCAAGAGUCCUUGUCUCUUGAAUUUGUCCUUUUUACACAUAUAAUCAUCAAUAAUUUUUUUUUUCUUUCUGCUUUGGUGUUUCAUCAAACACCUAAGAAACACACUACAAUCUCUCUUUUCUCUCAGCUUUUGACACUCUCUGAUACAAAACAAAUAAUUACCCAUCAUUUGAAAUCCAAAACCCAGUACUAUACUGUUUCUUCCUCCAUUAUUCUCUCACUUUGAGUUACUAUAAAUUGAAACGAAACUAUGGAGAGUUGGGAUAAUAACUUGCAACGUUAUCAUCAUCACCAUCACCGGCAUCGUCAUCGGAGAGAAAACCCUUCUUUCUCUUCCACUCUUCUCGACGCCAUUUACCGGUCCAUUGACGAAGGAAAAGGUAACGAAGAAGGAGAGCUGAUCUUGUACAGAGAGACCAUGAGGAAAAAACAGAGCAGUGCUAGUACCACAACUUCUGGGAGUCUAAAACAAGAUGAUGAUGGCAUGGUCAAUUUCCGUCGAGCCUGCAUGAUCGAGAAAUGGAUGGAGAAGAAGGUCAGCGAGAAAGUUGUUGUCCGCCGGAACUCCGUGGCGGAUUUCGAUCUUAAAUCCACUAACCAUCACCACCACCGAGAUAUUAUGCUCCUCAACUCAAGUUCAAGCUCUUCCGAGUCAAGUUGCGGAGGCGGGUUCUCAUCUUCCGAGUCAGAGUCGUUCCGUACUGGCUCAAAGUCGAGGUCCUCCUCUUCCUGUUACUCCAUUCAGAAGCCUAAGCCUAUUCGGACCAGUGUGUCAGCUCCGAAGUCUAAUCAGCCUGGUCUCUUCUACGACAAUCAUCAUCAAGAUCGUUACGAGCAGUCGUACAACGGUGGUUCAGCUCCAAAGUCCACACAAAAACCGAAGCAUGAAAACGGGUUCGUUAAAACGAAAUCAAAAGCUCUGAAGAUCUACGGGGACUUAAAGAAAGUAAAGCAGCCGAUCUCCCCCGGCGGCCGGCUCGCGAGCUUUCUCAACUCGCUUUUCACGACCGGCAACACGAAGAAGACCAAAAUUGAAGAGUUGGGUUCGCAGAGAAAAUCCAAAUCGACAAAUGGGUCGACGACGACGUGCUCUUCAGCUUCAUCGUUUUCGAGGUCGUGUUUGAGCAACACGCCCUCAUCCCGAGGAAAAUUCAGUAGCAGCAGUGGAGCAAAGAGGUCGGUAAGGUUUUGUCCGGUCAGCGUGAUCGUCGACGAGGACUGUCGGCCGUGCGGACAUAAGAGCUUGCACGAAGAGCAAGAGUCGACAGCAGCUCUAAUGGCGUUAACCAGUAAUAAUGUCGAACAGGUUGGCUACUAUGUUGUGGACGACGGCCAUCGUCGGGUCCAAGAAGUUGCGAUAGAUUUGUUCAAGAGUUACCAGAAGAAGAAUCUAAACGACGUCGUCGGUCUAAAAAACGACAAUAACAACGAUGUCGUUGAGUUUGAUAUGAGAGAUGUCGUUCAUGGAAACGACGACAAUGAAGCGUUUGAAGACGACGAUGAUGAUGACGCUAGUUGUUCAAGCUCUGAUCUCUUUGAGUUGGAUAAUCUCUCAGCAAUUGGAAUCGAAAGGUACCGUGAAGAGUUACCUGUUUAUGAAACUACCCAUUUCGGUACCAAUCGAGCCAUUGCAAGUGGUUUCAUUUUGUAAUUCCAAAAAAAAAAAAAAAAAAAAAAAAAAAAAGGAGAGUGGUGAAAAUGGUAUAAACUUUAUAACUAAUUAGCUUUCUUUUUUUUUUUUCGUUCUUUUUUUCAAGUAAUGGUGUGGGGGUUUUUACAUUUUAGUGAAUAACAUAUUUCUUUUUUUGUUC